AAAGUCACGUUGCAAGUGGUGUGGUUGGUUUAGUUGAAGGAUGAAGAAGUGAAGUUGGUAGACAAAAGUAGCAAAAUAACAAUAUAAGAGUUUUGGUUAUUGCUUUUCAAACGUAGUUACAGUAUUGUUGUUAAAAGUAAAACUAGCAUCCCAUUAACUCAUACUUUUAUCAGAUUAGGGAGAGAACCAAAAUCGUGCAUCUUGCAACAUUAUUAUUCAGAUAGAUUGUGCGCUUAGGAAGUUUCAAGAGGCCAUUUAAAUAUAAUACGGUCGUCAACCUGAUGAUUGGGACCUCAGUGGAAUAAAAUGUCCCCAAACAGUGUCUUAUUCCACAUUCACACAAUUAUCAACAACACCUAGAGUGUUACCGUCAUGACUAACAUCACCCAAGAUCGGGAGCGUCAUACUGUUCACUGGUUUCGCAAGGGUUUGCGUCUCCAUGACAACCCAAGUUUGCGUGCCGGACUCGUCGGAGCAACUACCUAUCGAUGCAUAUUCAUCUUAGAUCCAUGGUUCGCUGGUUCGUCUAAUGUCGGCAUCAAUAAAUGGAGGUUUCUGCUGCAAUGUCUGGAGGAUCUGGACAACAGUCUGCACAAGCUCGGUUCUCGACUGUUUGUCAUAAGAGGACAGCCAACAGACGCACUUCCAAAACUUUUCAAGGAGUGGGGAACUACCAGUUUUACAUUUGAGUAUGACCCAGAACCUUUCGGCAAACACAGGGACAAACACAUAAAGGAAAUGUGCGCAGACCUCGGAAUAUCCGUCAGUUCGCACGUCUCGCACACUCUCUACGACUUGGAGGCUAUAAUCACCAGGAACAACGGCCACUCUCCGUUGACCUAUCACAGGUUCCAAGAUGUAAUCGCAUCACUCGGCCCACCACCAGAGGCCUUGGACGGGAUUGAUGAUAAAGUCAUCGGCAACGCCUACACUCCCAUCUGUGACGACCAUAACGACAAGUAUGGAGUACCAACGCUAGAGGAGCUCGGAUUUGAGACAGAGGACCUAGGCAGUCCGACAUGGCAGGGAGGCGAGACAGAAGCGUUGGCCAGAUUAGAGCGUCAUCUACAGCGUAAGGCGUGGGUCGCUAGCUUCGCCAAGCCGAAGAUGUCGCCUCAGUCACUCCUUGCUAGUCCGUGUGGUCUCAGUCCAUACCUCAGGUUCGGAUGUCUCUCCACACGCAACUUCUACCACAGACUCACCCGGCUUUAUGUUUCGAUCAAAAAAGCAGACCCGCCCUUAUCACUUCAUGGCCAGUUGCUGUGGAGGGAGUUUUUCUACUGUGCUGCCACGAACAACGCCAACUUUGACAGGAUGGAGGGAAAUCCAAUCUGUGUCCAGAUACCUUGGGACAAAAAUCCUCAGGCUCUUGCGAAAUGGGCGAGUGGCCAGACCGGUUUCCCGUGGAUCGACGCCAUCAUGAUCCAGUUGCGGGAAGAAGGUUGGAUACAUCACUUGUCAAGACAUGCCGUCGCCUGCUUUCUCACUCGAGGAGACCUGUGGUUAUCUUGGGAAGAGGGAAUGAAGGUAUUUGAGGAGCUGCUACUUGACGCUGAUUGGUCCGUCAACGCAGGUUCGUGGAUGUGGCAUUCCAACUCGUCAUUCUUUCAACAGUUUUUCAGCUGCUACUGUCCUGUACGAUUUGGUCGCAAGGCAGACCCUAAUGGAGACUUCAUAAGGAAAUACCUACCGGUGCUGAGGUAUUACCCACGGGCACACAUCCACGAGCCGUGGACGGCACCUGAGAAUGUGCAGAAAGCGUGCAAGUGUGUGAUCGGCAAAGACUACCCUCUACCCAUGGUGCACCACCCCACGGUGGCCAGCAUCAACAGCGAACGCAUGAAGCAAGUGUACAUUCAGCUCAAGAAGUACCGAGGACCUGUUUAAGUUUUUCAAUUGUUGGAGUAUGAAGUUACACUGAGCCAAGCAAACCCAUGGGUAGAUACACUGCUUUCAGGCCGGUUCGGUCUGGAUCGGAUUGAGAACGAAAAGAAUAUCAACCUGUGAGUCUACGGUUAACAGUGAGUGAGUCAACGGAACGUCGGACCAUCACAUUGUGAGUCUGCUACUUUCAUGGGCUUGUUAUGGCUUUUGAAAUACGGUAAAAUAUCCAUUUAUUCACUCACUAAUAAGAACUGUCUUGUUUCAGAACUAUCAGCGGUUUUCUAAUCUUUCAGAAACACUUGUGUGAAUUUCAGUUUUUGUUUGGUUUUAUUUUAUUUUGAUUUUGAUAAUUUUUUUUGUAAUGUUGAUUUACUUUGUUUAAUGAAAUAGGAUAUUUGAGUGUGAGGAAAUGAUUUUCUUUGUAGAACCGUAGUUUAAGAGUGGAAUGCCCAACCAAGAUGAUUCUAAAGAUUUUGUGGGACUUAAAUUUGUGUAAAAAAAUAACAACUUGCACAUAAAUAUUUUAGAACUGGUACAACCAUGUUUGAUUAAUUGUAUAUUUUAUUCAUCAAUUUGAUUUGGCAUUACCGUACUUAUUCUAAAUUGAAAGUAAAAUUUGUAAACUACUUUUUUUUAGUUCGAAAACUGGCUUAGAGAAUAACCUAACGGUUAGUUUUUUUUAAAGCUCAUUGGUAUUACAAAAACUGCUAUUCUAAUUCGCUGCAUGUUUGGGCAAUUUCAAAAUUAUUUCAUGUUAUUGUAAAUCCUCUACUAACUGCUUUCUUUCUCCCUAUUAACUAUAUGCGUCCCAUAUUAAGUUGAAAGAGUUUAUCUCUUUGGUGACCUUGAAACUAAAACACUUCAUUAUUGACUAUAGUUACUAGCUCUUUGAUUUAGCGAGGUAUUUUAGUGGAAGCUCCGAUUCAAUCACCUAUAGGUGAUGAUGAGCUAUGCAAUAUUGUUUUGAGAAAGUGGUUCAAGCCCACUUAAUGGUGUAGGUGUAUGUAUCUUGGGGAAAAGGUGUCUAUUGGUAAUCUUCCUUCAUAAAAAGCCAUCCGCAAUUUAAACUUUAAUUGCGGUUAAGCUUUUUCUUAUUUCUGAGCAGUAGUCCUUUUACUUAUAAGGCUUCUAGCCUAUUCACUUGACAAAGUUAUCAUUUUUGUCUUUGUU